UUUCCAGUGAGGGCUUAAGAUGACUUAAAAUAAGCCUGAACAAGCCUUAAUAAAAUAAGCCAAAACAAACAUUUCUUGGUUAAGUUUUUGGUGAGUGGGGGGCUUCAAAUAUUGUUGAAGCCAAUAGGGGGGACCUUGAUGUAAAUAAGGUAGAGAACCACUGCUUUACUUGAAUUUCUAUGUACUGUAUGUUUGCCAUCAUUUACAUUCACAGGCAAUCAGUCUUGAAUAUCAGAAAUUACUUUAUUUUCAUGUCACACCAUACUGCAUGUAGAAAAGUAUGAGAACAUUUGGAUUUAUAAGCUCUUAUUUGACAAAUAAUAAGACCAAAUUCUUAUUAUUGUGGAUCAUGCUGAAAGUUUGCACUUUUUUACUGUAUGGUAUGACUCAUAUUUUCUGCAAAUGUAUUUCUGUGUGUAACAUGCAAUGAAUGGUACCUCUGUUAGAUGUGUUCUUGAACAUGAUUGGCUGGAUUGCUCAGGGGGAGGGGCUACUUGGCAUCUCCUUUGGUGGACCUUCAACUGGCAACAAUUCCUAGCUUGUGUUCCUCUCAACGUAACCAUGAAAAUAGCCUUUGUGACUGUAGUUUUGGGGAUGCUCUGCCUGAUAGACGCCCAGGCCAGCGUCCAACCGCAGAAAAGCUUUGACCUUCAGAGGUUUGCAGGUAAAUGGUAUCGGGUCGGGUUCGCCUACGAUUCUCCAGGCUUUGUUCCCUAUAGAAGCAAACUCACCAUAUCCAUGGGCAUCGUGGAACCAAAAGAAAAUGGGGAUGUUGAUAUGACAAUGUGGAAUUUAAAGCCCUCCAGCUGCCAGCGUAAAGUCUAUGUUUAUGAGAAGACAUCUGUGCCUGGUGUAUUUAACUAUUACAGUACCCGUCACAAAAGGGUAAAGGAUGUUACGGUCGUGGAGACGAACUACACGGAGUAUGCGCUAGUCUUCAAACACAAGAAGUUCAAUAAGGAAUACACACAAGUGGCCCUUUAUGGCCGUACUAAGAAGUUAAGAAGUGAUCUGAUAGAGAAGUUCAGAGCUUAUGCCAUAGCACGAGGCUUCUCCAGAGAAUCCAUACUGACUCCACCACCUGCUGAAAACUGUCCUUCAUCAGGAAAUUAGUACCUGUUUCCCUUCACCUUCACAACAACAAAUCACACAAUAUUCAGACAUUUUUCUUUUACAUAUUUAUUUCAUGCUGUUUUGUAUAUCUCUGCCUACCUUUAAACUGGAAGUUUGCAUGCCUUUACAUUUAUAAACAUGGCAUGAUAUGAAAAAAAAUAUUUAUAUUAGAAAGCAACAAUUGUGGUUUGUCUAAAGUUCUUUGUUUUCAUAAUAUAAAUAUAAAUCUAUUUGUGUCUCUGUACAGUGAGGACCAAAAGUCUGAGAAGCAGAAAUGCAAAAUAAAAACUUUUCAUGUCUGAUUUAAUAAAACAUUCUGCACUGUAAAAGAUGUCUUGUUGCACUACAUUUAAAUUUCCAUUUAGGUUGUUUUAUACUUUUGAAGCCCACUCUGGAAUUAAAGCUUUUUAAUGAGAGCUAAUAUAAAAUAUUUGAGGUGUUUUGUGUACUGCCGCAAAAUAAAAAAAUUAGAAAAUUAGCUUUCACUGGGGCAGUACCCUUUAAAAAGAUCUUAAGUAAAGAUAUUUAUAUAUUUGAUAUCACUCUGUAUGUUCAAAGGUGUAUACAUUUUUUUUCUUAUGUGUUAAAUGGUUUUGUAAUGUUUUAUUGAAUAACAUGAAUAGUGUUCUGCUAGGAUGGACUGAAAUACUGUAAAUCCAACAGCAAACAACUGUUUUUAUGUAAAUGCCAUAUGGAAGGGAAAAAAGGAAGAAACCGCCAUAUGUCUGACCCAGUUAUUAUUAAGGAAAAUGUAAUAAAACCACAUGACGUUACAGUAUUAGAGCAGAUCAUGCGGACUUUAUAUGUUAUUGCUGUAUAAAAUGCUGAAGCCUUGUGUAUCUUUACCUGAUACACAAAUUGAAUAAAAGCAACAUUUGGUCAAACCUAAAACCAGUACUAAC